GUGCUCUCCAGGAUAUUCAGGGCCACCAGAAUCAUCUCACACCAACACAGACACCCGCUCCGCACAGUCCGAAACCCUUCUCCUGUUCUCGUCCAUCCCUUUGACAAUGGACUGGACACCAACCGUCUACAACCCUCCACCGCUGGCAUUGUAGAAGUGGGGCAAUACACGUAGAGCUCGCUGCUGUUUCGACCCUGCAGACACCCGACACGCUACUAGCGGCCAUCAACAUACCACCAUCAACACCGCCAUUACCCCCCGAGCAACCACCUGUAGCCUCCCCGGAAGGCCAUGAUCUCCCUCCGCACACGCAGCAUAACACCCACCCUAUAGCUGCACUACUCCCUAGAGGAUGCCCAUCGAACGAACCGACCGAAAUAACCCACGGCCAUUGAAGCCGACGCUCGCUAGUAACCGAACUGCUGCGAAGACGCCCUUGACCCCUCGACUUGCGGUUGCGCCCACCGCUUCCUCCACCGUUAGCUCAUCGAGCACCCGCACCACCCGCACCAGCAAUGGAACCACCCCGGCCAAGCCUGCUGCUUCCUCACACAACGACGUGACGCCUGUGAAGGCCUUCCUGAGCAGCAAUGUGACUCCUCGCUCUUCUUCGAGGAAAUCCCGCGUUGGUGUAGACAGCACGUCGUCGACACCCAGCGGCACACCCUCCGCCACACCGAGCAGCUCGCGGCCAGGAUCCACGGUAGACUUUCACAGUGGACACAGUGCCGUGGGAAAGAGCGGUGGUUCUUCAGUCGGAGUCCGCCCGCGGAGUACACCGGGACCAAGCAGCAGCCAUGUCACGCCAACCCCGAGGUCUUCGAUUGGCGCGUACAACAACCCCCCGUCCGAGACGGGUUCCAGGAAAGACGCUUCGUCGCUGUUUUUCCAUGCCAACGACGCCCGCCCGCACGAGCAACCGGCACCAGUACUAGCAACAGCACCCCCAAAGAAAACACCUACCUUCUUCUACGCUGAUGGCAGACAAGAUGACGCCCCUCCGAAACACAACGUGCCUUCGCCACCGCUAUCAUCCGUGGGGAGGGCUCAGCCAGAGAGCAAGUUCUUCCACGCAGACUCGCUUUCCGAGAAAAAAGAUCGCCAGCCGACCCUCACUCCGCCAGUUAUGCCCAUGUCGCCAGAUCUGCUCCCGCCUUCUGAGAACCUACAGUCGCUGCGUCCACCAUCGCCUACGAAGGACUUCGCGCAUCUGUCGUAUCGCAAAGGAGCCUCUCAGGUCCGGCCAGCUCUUAGUAGAGGCAGUUCUGGAAACUCGGCUUUGGCCAUCUUGGCUGGACCGAAUACGCCGGAUGUGUCUGAUCGCACCAGACGCAGGUCCAGUGUUGCCUCUACUAUAAAGCGAGGACAUGUCAAGAGUUCUAGCCUGUCGUCAAUCGAUUCUGUGACUAGCUUGAAAAAGGCACCGACUGCUGAAUCAUCCGCUAUGGCACCAAGCCCGCUACAUACUGAAAAUCGCGCUCCUGGCGAUGCAGCAGCUACGCCCUCUCCACGCUUGACUGCGUUCUCCCCUAUAGGAUCUCCGGUAUCCGGCAGUCCAUCGAGAAAUAGCGAUGGCAAGAGUGCGCUCGAGAUGAUGAACGAGCUUGCUGCCAACGCACGAAGGGAACGUAAAGUGCUUGACCUUGAGAUCAGUAACUCCUCGCUUCUUGCUAUCAACCGGUCCUUGGAAAAAGAAGUUCGAAAGCAAAAGGCUGAGCUCAGACGCUUCCGUCGCAUGAGCCGAGCUGGAGUCUUUUCUGCUGACACGGCUGGCGAACCCCUGGAAACCUCGGCUAUUGGCGCUGGUAAUAUAGGAGAUCUGUCUGACAUGUCCGAGGCGGAAGAAGAAGAAACACCUGAAGAGGAGGAGGAAGACCCGGAAAGCAGCGACUCUUCUUUCGACGACAGCGCUUUGAGUCCAAGCGCUCAACUGGAGCGGGAUGAAACACAUCGCUCACGAGACGAGAAGCGUCUCCAGUUAGACCUCUCAAAACAUCGAGAGAUGCUCAACGACAGUCAGAAGAUGAACCAGAGUCUGAAGAAAUGUCUCGGGUGGACAGAGCAACUGAUUAAGGAUGGUCAAAAGGCACUGGAGUACAAAGUGCACAUCAGCGAUGUCAAAGUAGGUGGCCGCGUACUUGUUCCAGAAGACGACGACAACGAUAUCAGCGAAAAGCGGGAAUCUAGGGGCCUCCUCAGCCCUUGGAGUCCAAUACACAGCGCCAUAGAAGCUCUGGACUCUCCGUUCUUCCCACAACAGAGCCGAGUCAUCGACCGAGACAGUGGCAUAGACCUCGAAGGUCUCGAACACAUGGAGGAAGACAGCGACCAGUCUCGGGCAGCAUCUCCGGUGGACGAGGGCCCAUCCAGGAGUCCUGUGAAAGAGUUCCGUCCCAAACUGCCAGGCCAAUGGAUCUCGUACGCAACGACACGUGAAACGGACCUGAAGAAGCACGAGACCCUCAGCCCACUUGGCUCGCCAUUUGAAGAGCGAAUCAGGUAUCUCCAUGCGUCUAUCGACGCCCUGGAAGCGUCAUAACCAUAUAAAUUUUCGCUUCUUCCAGUUUGCACAUACCCACCUUACAUACCCAACUUUUGUUUGCAGCAUGGGAACAGGCGUUUACUAUAAAGGAUAGCUUUGCCGGUCUGCAUCUUCACCCCACUGGCGCACAACGGCACAAUGCGUCGAAUGUGAUUUCGACGCCCCUACGACCGUUUCCUUUGUUUUUGAUUGUUCGUUCUUUUCACGGCCGCAAUGUACACUCUCGUUUAUUUGAUAAUGUCUGAAUCUACGGCCUUGAACAAUCUUUGACAAGAUUGGGUCGCGUAUUGGGCUUUUGUGUGUGCAGUCAGUCAGUUUUAAUGAUACCCCCCGCUUCAAGCGUUUACAUACAAACACAUACAUAGCCAAUAUAUACAUCACUUUUUCAC